UUCUUACCGUUCUUACCAUUAGCAUCAAACAACUACAUUUGAAUGUAUCAAGAUUGUGAUUGAUAACAUGGCAUUUGAACAUUAAUGAGACUUCAAAAUGUAACUUGUUAAUUUGAAAUGCAGGUUGGUAAAUUCGACCGGCUUUAAUAAAAAAGCAGUUAAAAUAAGCAGAAAAGUACAAUCUAUUUCACAAAACAAGAACACUUGUUUACAGAAAAAGGAAGAAUAUGAACUCGUGCCUUAAGAAAGCAACUGCAUAUCCUGUAUGAAUGGAUGCCAAGAAAGCUUAAGAAAUAACAGUCUGAAAAUGAUACAGGACAAAGAAGCUUCUUUUUAUUGUAUUCUAGCUUUCCUUACUGGAAAACACAGCCCUGUAGUGUCAGUACUCUACCUCUAGGUGGCGGUAGAGCAGUCUGCUGUGUUUCCCCCUGCAGAAGAAGAACAGGCUUGUUACACGGAAGCAGAAUUAGUCAAAAGCUCCAACCUGUCAAUCUGUCUACGCGGAUAGAGUCGAAAGCUGAAAGGAGACAGAAUAAACACACUUGUUUUCGGUUUUUAAUCCUUUUCAAGACACGAUGCGGACUGCUUUCCUGCUGCUCACAACAUGUCUGUGUGUCUGCUUGGUCAGAGGUGCACCAGAAACCGAGAACAAUGCUGUAGCAGGACCCAGUUCAGUAGAGACAACUCCAAACGUAGCUGCUUCUACUGUAGCUGAAGAUAAAGAUGGGGAACAAGGUAUUGGCGUCCCAGGAGCAAAAAAACCAGAAGAAUAUGAAGCAGAUGAAAAACCCACAGUAAAGCCAGUAGGGGAAAAAACGUCAGAUGUGGCCAAACCGUCUAACGAAUCCAAACAGGCUGACGGGGACUCUGGCAAGAAAGGACAAGGCGACAACGAGAAGAAACCAGUAGACACUAAGCAAACCACAAAUACAACAAGUGAGGAAAGCCACAAUGAUAUAAACGGCAAGAAAGGGACCGAUGGGAAUAACCAGGACCCUGGAGAAGGGAAGACAACACCCACUGUUAAGCCUGCAACCACAACGACAUCUGUGAAAGGAGAACCUGCGACUGAAGCUGAAGACCUGUUAUUCAAGGGAGAAGUAGAUAACACCAAGCCAGGAGACAAAGGCAAUGAGAAUAAAUCACAAUUAGAUGGCGCAAAUAAGGAACAAAUAGAAGAGGAUGUGGUGGAGAGCAGUCAUUUCUUUGCCUACCUUGUCUGUACAGCUGUGCUCGUGGCAGGGCUUUACAUCACCUACCACAACAAACGGAAGAUCUUUGCCUUUCUUUUGGAAGGAAAGAAAUACAGAUCUGCUCGUCGACCUAAAUCCGGAGACUACCAGAAGCUGGAACAGAAUAUGUAAUCUUAAGUCAUGAUCUGGAAGCCAUUGCCUUGAGCUGCUGAAAAGAAAUGGGGGUGUGUAAGAAGAGGGUGAAUGGAUACUGGCAUUAUAUAUUUUCCUGGUUCUCUCUGCGUCGACUCCACCUUUGGAUAAAUUGACAUUAUUUUAUUCUAUACCAAUAGAUGCUUAUCACGUGACUAUGCAGAUGAAACUGUUGCCUUAUCGAGGGAAUUAGUGAGAUGCAGUGAAGGUAAAAUAAGCAUGCUGUUAUUGCACUUGUGUCAUUAUUCCACUUUAAAGGCGAUGUUGUCAUUUGACCUGACUAAGGUUCGGACUCAGGAUAUUUAGGUAGCAGAGGAAAUGAUCUGUUUGGAUUCCAGAUUUGUAUGUACAGUACAUUAUUGCACUGUGCACUAAAUAAGCCAUUUGUAAAUUACUGUCCGUGUACAAUUUAUUUGAGGUUAAAUAUCUCUGAGAAAAUAUAACAAGAGUUUUAGUUGAAUAUAACCUUUACUUUCCAAGUGAGAUGCUUGGACAAUAACAAUACUCUCCCACUUGAACUGCCUAACGUUUGAUACUUAUUCAGUCUGAUCUUGAAGCGGUCCAUUUUGGAAAGGCUGUACUUUGCUUUCGUGCUAAGAGUUAUGUAAGAAGAUCAAUACCACUCUAAAACAUUUCCAGUAAACAUGGCAAAAGGUUAGAUUAGUAUAGCAUACGUACUGGAAACAGAAAAACAGACAGCAUGGCUCUGUCAAAAGUAAUACCAUACCACUUUCUAGUAGCUUUUUAAAGCUCACUUUCACUCUUUUCAUCCAACUUUUAGCUAGAAAGUGAAUAUCUCCCCCAAAUGUUGAACCAGCUCCUAAGAUAAAGGAAUAUUGUGUUGACUGCUGUCAGGGUUGGGCUUGUUAACGCAGCUUAAUUGAUCCGCAAUGAUAACAUGCAUAACUUGCAUUGCUGGAAACUGUCUGUCUGGUUCUGUAGUUUCCUCUUUUGAUGAAUGUCUUACCUGUUGCACUCGUUGCUUUGCAUGAAACUGUAGCCUGAUAUGUUGUAACCUUUAAAACGGUUUUCAAAGAGGAACGUUGGACAGGUGAUUUAUUGCUUUGAGUGUGCUAUUGGAAUAAACGUGACUGAGGAUAGUAGACCACUAUUGCAUUAGAUACAAUUGUUCCGUUAGGGUAGGUGUGUGUGUGUGUGUGUCUUGUGCCAAAUUGUGAACAAAUGUACCGUGAUUCAAUGUGGGGUUCUUUUUCUGUGCCUGUUUCCUAAUUUAUGACUUUAUUUGUACCGGUUGAGGGUUAUCAUUUAUUUAAAAAAUGCUAUCUGGAAAAAGGAAGAUAAAUCUAAUUGUUUCUUGGAAGAAUCAAAGUCCAUAUGAUGUCCCAAAAUAUAUUUUUUUUAUUGUUACAUUUGCAAAGAAAAACGCAACAUCUUUUAAUUAAUUUGCUCUUUUCAUGAGUAAAAAUGUGUUAGAAAAAACAAUUGAGUCAUCCUAGUCUGGCAGUAAGCAUGAAACGGCAUGUUUUCAAGAUGUUUAAUGAACAUAUUAGCUACAUGAAUAGGUAUUUAUUUCAGUUUGUUAGGCCUUGCUGUCCAUAUGAAAACAUCCUGUUGUCAAUCAAGUGUUUAUUGCAACAUUUUGCGUCCAAUUAAUCGAUUGAGAUGUGUUUUGAUUCGAAAAUAAAAGCUUUUUGUACAUUCUAGCCUCAA